ACGGUUUCACGUCAGCGCCCGGUUCUAAAUGCGCCGUAAAAAUGUAGAUAGACACUUUAAAAUACAGGAGAAAGCGAUUCACGUGCAAAACUUCAUUUGCAAUAAAACGGGAGGUUUUGGUUAAAAGUCUCAAUAAAGUGCGGCGUGAAGUUGACUCCCCGUUAAAACGCGAGUCCAAUCUGGGAAAUGCGCGCCGAACCGAGCGGAACCGUGCGUGAAAACCCGGCUCGGGAAGGUUUCCGUGGAUAACCCGCAUUGGUACCGUUGCGGGGCUGAGAGCGCGGUGGGUGUCAAUAUAAAGUGACGGCCAUAUUUGCCGGUGCCGCUGUUGUAAACAAAAAGUGAGACACAGACGCUUCACUGAAUUUCGGGUCAUUUUUAUUUCUUUAAUUUACAAUGUCUCUGGGAAUGUCUUACAAACCCAAUGUCCACCAGCACAUUCCGGGAACUUCUAGGAACCAGGUUGGAAACCUCCAGUCUCCCUCCGCAGCCAACCUGGCCACGCUGCAGUCCUACAGACCCCUGCUCAGUGACUACGGGCCUCCAUCUCUGGGAUUCUCACAGGGCUCCACUGGCAGCCAAGUGCCUCAGAACAAAUAUGCAGAGCUGCUGGCCAUUAUAGAAGAGCUUGGAAAGGAGAUCAGGCCCACGUACGCUGGUAGUAAGAGCGCAAUGGAGAGACUGAAACGAGGUAUAAUCCACGCCAGGGGGCUUGUGCGCGAGUGCUUGGCCGAGACGGAGAGAAACGCAAGGUCCUAGCUACGAUCUCCCAUUCCUCCCUGCAAGAAGAGCUAACAGUGUGGUUCUCAUGUAAAAAUGUGCAUGGCAUUUUCUUUGAGAAAAGAAAGCAAGCGAACAAAGGAUGGGGGGAACCAGGCUCGUAGAGAAAGACGGGGGGGAAAAAAGAUCAUGACUCCCAAGGGUUCUGGAGGAUCAUUACAAUCAUGUGUGGGUUGGAAUUCAAAUGAGAGGAUAUGUUGUGUCUUAUGCCCCCACUUUCGGGAUCUUAGUUUUUGACUUCAUAUUUACAACAUUGGUUUAUGCAUGCGAACGGGCCCAUGGGUUAAUUCUAGACACUGCAUGACUUGUACAGGGGUAGAUGGAGACGACUUGUUUUUGAUAGUAUUUGGUCUGUUUUCAGACCCUUAUAUCACACAUGAGUGCGUGAGUGAGGGGCAGACAUGUGCCAAAUGCACUGGUUCAUUCGUGUUAAGGUUGGUUUUGGUAUUAAAAAAACAAAAAAGGAAAAUGCUGUUACUUGCAUCUUUGUAUGUAUUUAUUACUCCAUGUAAUAAAUUGUAUUUUCAA